AUGAAGGAGCCACGUGCUCCAUGCGUUUUGAUCACUGGUUGUGGUGAGGGAGGAAUUGGACAUGCUCUCGCCGCUGAGUUCAAGUCAAAGGGCUGUAGAGUCUUCACGACUCUAUUGGCUCACGAACCACGCGAUCAUCUCACAAACAAUGGCAUCAACGCAUAUACGGCAGAUGUCACCAAAGAUGACGAUGUCAUAACACUACGAGAUACUAUUUCUGAAAUUACAAAUGGUAAUCUCGACGUUCUCGUGAACUGCGCCGGAAUUUGCUACACGAUGACAGCGAUCGACACCGAGGUGAAAGAAGUCGAGAAGAUGUUUGCUGUCAACGUCUUCGGGCCAAUGAGAAUGGUCCACAUCUUUCACCCAAUGCUUAUCAAGUCGAAGGGCAAGAUUGUUAACAUUGGCAGUGUUGGGGGUAUCGUUCCUUAUGUUUAUGGGUCAAGUUACAAUGCGACCAAAGCAGCUCUUCACCAUUGGGGGAACACGCUUCGAGUAGAGUUGAAGCCACUGGGUGUCGAUGUAAUCAACAUCAUCUCCGGUGAAGUUGGCACGAACAUUUUGAAGCGUGACAACAGCCGCAAACUGCCCGAAAAGUCAUUUUAUCGUCCUCUAGAGAAGGAAUUUCAGAACCAUGUGCGAAGAUCUCCGCAGACCGUAAGCCCACAGCAGUACGCGACUGCAGUUGUCGCCGAGGUGUUGAAAGAGCACCCGCGGGCUUGGUUCUGGACUGGGGCACGGUCAUUCGAAGUUUGGUUUGGAGAUACGUUUCUACCAAAGACUUUCUGGGACGGCAUCUUCACGCGGGAGUUCAAUCUGACCAAGUUGCUUGCCAAAUGA